CGCAGAGUCUCGGUGACAAGAUGGCGGCCAGCAACGGCGGAGGAAUGGAGGUGGAUGGCGAUUCAGGCAGCGCCGGGGUGAUGGCCUCCGGGGUGACGGGCAGCGUGUCGGUGGCUCUUCAUCCCCUAGUCAUCCUCAACAUCUCUGACCACUGGAUCCGCAUCCGCUCCCAGGAGGGCCGGCCCAUGCAAGUGAUUGGUGCACUCAUAGGCAAGCAAGAAGGCAGGAAUAUUGAGGUGAUGAACUCCUUUGAACUCCUCUCUCAUAACGUUGAUGACAGGGUACACAUUGACAAGGAAUACUACUACACCAAGGAAGAGCAGUUUAAACAGGUCUUUAAAGACAUGGAGUUCCUGGGCUGGUACACAACGGGUGGCUCCCCUGACCAAUCAGAUAUCUACAUUCAUAAGCAGGUGUGUGAGAUCAUUGAGAGCCCCCUCUUCCUCAAGUUGAACCCAAUGACGAAGCACACAGAUCUUCCAGUCAGCGUAUACGAGUCCGUGAUUGACAUAAUCAACGGAGAGGCAACAAUGCUGUUUGCUGAGCUGACUUACACACUGGCCACAGAGGAGGCGGAGCGUAUCGGGGUUGACCAUGUGGCCCGCAUGACGUCCACUGGCACUGGGGAGAACUCCACAGUGGCGGAGCACCUCAUAGCCCAGCACAGUGCCAUUAAAAUGCUGCAUAGCAGGGUGAAGGUCAUACUGGAAUACGUCAAGGCAGUGGAGGCAGGUGAGGUCCCCUUCAAUCAUGAGAUCCUGCGAGAGGCAAAUGCACUAUGUCACAGGCUGCCUGUCCUUAGCACACUGAAGUUCAAGACGGACUUUUACGACCAAUGCAAUGAUGUGGGCCUCAUGGCCUACCUUGGCACCAUCACCAAGACCUGCAACAGCAUGAACCAGUUCAUUAACAAGUUCAACGUGCUGUACGAUCGGCAGGGCAUCGGCCGGAGGAUGAGGGGCUUGUUCUUCUAAAAGGUUGAGUUUGGGUUGCAGUGGGCAGGCUGGCCGCAAUGCAUAUACCUGUGUUAUUUAUUUUUGCAUUCAUACGCGUAUGCAGGAUUUCCUAUGUUUUUCUUCACACACUUACACACUGAUUUCCUGUAUGCACUGAUUACAUGUUUGUUGCCUGCCUUCAAAUGUUGUAAUUUAGAAAUAAAUGUUUGUUCCUUUUUUGGACAUGUUGGCAUCUGACUUUUUCCUCAGUGUUAUAUUUAAAUAACUUUUCAGCACUAUGUUUACUGCGAAUGUUAAAAAAAAAAAAAAAAAACAAUUGAGGAAAAAACUCGGUUUUCUUUUUUCAGUUAUUUUGCAAAGCAUCCUCUUGUACACAUGGCAAUAAACACCCCAAGGUUCCCUAGAA